AUGAAGUCUGAUGGAAAAAACUAUAAGCUUGACAAUGAUACCCUUGAUCUUCAAAUAGAUAGAUUAAAUUCGACAAUACAGUCCAUGAUGAUUGGCAUCCAGUCAGAUAAAGAGAGAUCGUUUGAAGGAUAUUCCGAUUUUAAGCCGCGCUCAAAAAGAAAUUGCACUUAUAUGAUGUCAUUAGAAAGUGAGCCUGACUUAAUCGCAAGCGAUCGUGAAUGAGUAUGUGAUACAGUCCAAGAUGAAGAAAUUUUGGAUAAUAUUGAAGGACUAAUUUUGAAUUUGGAUAGGGUAUCAAUGACUUUAGAAGACUAUAGAUCUCAUGAAAUGAGAGCUAUUGAAGAGCUUGAAUAUGAAAAUCUAGAAGAAAAUAAGUUUCGGUAUGAAAUAAAAUGCUCUCUCAAUGAUAUUUACAAACUAAUUUCAGAUGCUAACUCCCUCUUCUGUGAGCCAACAAAAUUUUUUGCUCUCUGUUUAAUUUUUUUUUAUAAAAUAUGUUUUUUGAAAUUUAAAAAAUUCCAAUUCGUAAGCAUUAAUUUAUUUGUAAAAUUCAUGUUUCAAAAUGGAAGCUGUUUAGGAUAAGCAGAAUUAGCUAGAGAUUUCAUUAUAAUAAUUAUCACUUAUAUAUCAAAAUUUGUUUUUCAUAAAUUAAAAAAUUUUUGUUCUCACGGAGGUGAUUUUACCGAAAAAAAAGGAUUUUUUCAAUUGUUUUGUUCGCUCACGGAGUAAGCAAAUUAUUGAUGAUACAGAAACAAAUAAAGUCUAUCACGGAGAGUUAAAAUUUGGGGAAAUUUCUAUGAAUGUUUCUAUUGAACAUCUCGAUCUAAUUAUUCCUGAUAAGUCAAAUUUGACUCAAGAAAUUCUGAACCAUCUUUCUGUUAAAACUUUAACAAAUCAAAAAAGUAUAUCGUUAGAACAAGCCUGUAUAAGUCAGUUGGAAAAUGAAAUAGAAGAAUUAAAAAGAAAAAGUUUAAUCCCUGAAGAUGUGUUUGAUUUUGGAAAAGCGUUGAAAAAUAGCAUUACAGAGACUUACGAGAGAUCAUUUGAUGACUAUUCUGCAAGCUUCAAUAGUGAAAACUCUUUGGAGCUAACUAAAAGUACACUUGAUCUUUUCUCUAAAACCGAAAGGCCGGCUUUUCACUUACUCCCCAUUUGUUUAACUCCCCCCCCCUCCGUGAGUGAACAAAAAAAUUUUGUUUAUUCACGGAGGGGGGUUAAUGUUUUUUUUUUAAAAAAAUUUAUAUAUAAAUUUUCUAAAAAAUUUUUAUUUUCGAAAUUUUAAAAAAUCCUAAUUUGCAAAAAUUGGGAAAGCAAAUAUUAAUUUAAUUUAUAAAAUUUAUGUUUUAAAAUGCAAUUUGUUUAAAAUUAAACAGAAUUAGCUCUAGAUUUCAUUAUAUUAAUUAUCAUUUAUAUAUCAAAAUUUUUUUCCAUAAAAAAUUUUUGUUCACUCACGGAGGGUGGGUUUUUGGGCAAAAAACAGCGAUUUUUCUAAUGGUUUUGUUCACUCACGGAGGGAGGGGGAGUAAGAAAAAAAUGUCGCAAAAAUUCUGUUUUUUGGGAAUUAAAAAAUUUUUUUGAUAUAAAUUAAAUAGAUUUUAUUUCAAAUUAUUUAUCAACUUGGAUUUUUUAAAUUUCUGAAAAAAAAUAUACUCUCUCUUUAGCAGACAGAAAACUCUGCUCUAAUCAAAGGUGAGCUAGAUCUCCAAAAACUCAAAAAAAAUGAAAAAAUAAAAGAAGAGCUGGAAUGGCAAAUUAAUGAGGUCCAAGUCAUAAAAAAUCAAUAUAAUAAAAAACUAAAUCAACUAUUACAGCAGACUGAUUUAUUUCAACAACAAGCUAAUUUAAUAAAAAUUAAAACAGCAGAGUUGGAAAAAGAUAUCAGCAAAUUUAAUGAAGAAAAAAGGAUCUUUGAAGAAAAACAAGUAAAAAUAAAGGAUGAGAUUAAAUCCACCUUUAUUCAGCACAGCAGAGAGCCUUCAGGAGAAUGACUAAGAACUAUUAAAGGCCGUCAUAAAACAGAAAAAAGUUAUUUGGACUUAAGAGAUAGCACUCCAGAUCCAAUUACUGAUGAAAAUGCUCAAGCAUUAUAUGAAGAGCUUCAAAAAGCCCAAGCUUUAUUGCAAGGCACAAUCCCUGAAAACGCUGAUUCUGUGGUGAUAAAAAUAAAUCGCAUAAAAACCCAGAUAUCAAAUUUACGCUCUGCUAAGGCUUUGAAUAAUUUCCAGGUACAUUCAAACUCUAUAAAAAAUGCAAUACAUAGUAUGGAAAAGCAGUUUGAAACUCGUGACAUCAGAAAAGCAUCUCCUGCACCAAAAAUGCCUAUGAUUUCAUCCAUUACCCCAGAGCCUAUAUCUGAUAAUACCAAAAUAUUCCAUAAAUUGGAAAAUUUAGACAAGUCGCCUAAACCUCUACCUCAUGAUAAACUUAUUAAUUCAGUUUCUGAGGCAAAUUUAAAUGUCAAACCUCCAAUCCCAAAUCCAAAAAUUAUAAAGAAUUCUAACCUUGCAAUAGAUUCAGAGAUAGAAAACCUUAAAAAACAUUUAAGGCUUAAAGAAAUUAGAUUAGAAGAAAAAGAAAAAGAAAUUUUUGACAAAGAAAUGAGGCUUCAUAAGACAUGGAUGAAGCAGCCUGAUGCCAAUCAACUGAUACCGAUGGUACAGAAAGAGUUGAUUUUCAUACAAAAUUUGAAGCAAAAUUUAGAGUUAAAGCAAAAAGAAAUAGAAAGGGACCAGUUUUUGCUAUUGAAAAAAUUAUACUAAAUGCAUAUGAAUAAUUUUUGUAAAAAUGACAGAUUUGUUAGGCAUUUUCUUUAAUAGCCCCGGGUGCUAUAAAUUAUCAGAAUUGUCCGACAAUACUCAUAAGGGAUAGAUCAAAUCAAGAAAAAAGAAGAGUUUCUGCUCGAAAAAGAAACUAAAAUUGACUAUGAAGUUGAAUUAAAGAAGCGAGAAUUAUCAGAAAAAACGCAAGCAGUCUAUCAGUUAUUAACAUGUUUAUAA